CCUCAAAUGUCCGACGUCCAACGUCCAAACUCUCUUCUUUACUCCCAUCAACUUCAAUAACUUCACGUACUCACGAUAUCCGUGGGUUAUUUCCUGUCGUUCGACCCUAGCCUGAAAUAUUCUUAUAUCCAGGGCCUCAAUAGGUGCCAUCAGCCUUGUUGACCGCAGUAUGCCCUUUAUCUAAUCAGAGUGGUCUGUUCACGUACGGAUCGUGUGCGCUUUCAUCUUGUUCAACACCUUUCUCCGCGGUGGAGGUUGACCUAAUGCAUAUGGAGCUCUAAUCUACGGCUGUGAAUACCCUUAUUGUUCGCCGUGUUCGUUUCAUGCUUAUCCUCACAAAGGCGCCAUAACGAAGUCAACAUCGAGCCGCCCCCAAUAUCAACUUUCCACGCCCACAAACAAACCAUGGGCUGCUGCGCCUCUCGUGCCGCGGGCACAUACCCCGCCUCCCCCUCCCCACAGCCAAACUCCUCCCGCGCAGCCAUAAACACCGCCACCGCCUCCAACACAGCCCUACCCCGCCCUUCAACCCACACAAGCACCUCCCACCACCGCGCCCUAAACGAGCGCUUCAACGUCCCCCUCCGCACCCACGCAUGGACAGCCAGGAAGUCCAAGCCCUGGACGCGCGCCAAGCUCGACCGCGAGCGCAUCGCCUUCUUCGACACGCGCGUGACCGGGCGGCCGGAGAUCUGGGGCGCCAUCCGAGCAGCGGUGGGGGAACUGCAUGCGGAGGCUGAGAAUGGGGGGGUGGGAGGAGGGGGUUACGCGACGGCGCAGAGUAUUAUUGAUGCAGCGGGGGCGACGCUGCCGACGGGGGAUUUGGCGGAUGGGGUUUAUGAUGCGCUAGGGGCGUAUUAUGGGAUUCCGGAGUGGGUGGUUUGUGAUCCGGUUAAUGUGGCGGAGGAGGGGGUGGAGGCUGAGGGGGCGGAGGUGGAGGAUGAGGAAGAUGGGAAGGGGAAGGUGGUGGUGGCGGAGCGGGAGACGGUUAAGGUCACGACAAGGCUGAGUGAGCGUGGUGGGGUUGAUGUGCGGGUUCGCAUUGGCCGUGGGGAUAGUGUGAAGACUCUAGCGCGCAUGGUUGCGGAAGGAAGUGAUCUACCACCGCAAAAAUACGUCAAGAUCGCUUAUCUAGGCAAGAUCCUGCGUGAGAAUGAUACCCUGAUCGCGCAGGGCUGGAGGGAAGGGCAUAUGCUUAAUGGACUUGUUUUUGGCUAAGCCACAGUCCCACCUCGCGCAAAGAACCUUCUCGCACCAAAGCACGACUUUGGCAUUGACGAGACUAAUAAGUUCUGCGGGGUGGGGUGUGUACGGCGAUGAGAUGGAGGAAAUAGUACAGUACAUGAAGGGGGCGAGUGACGUGCUUUGGUUUGAUACCCCUGGUUUCUAGCGUGCGCUGCGAGAUUUAUGAUUGCUAGGCGGUUUGUUUUGGGAUGGGAUAUUUGUUUUGGAAUGGGAUAUUUGUUUUGGAAUGCCGCGAUAAUGAGGUGAAGCACACACGUCUUGUGUAAUACCGCGUACUUAAUAACAUUUUCAUUGCAACGCAGCAUGGUUUCUGAUAUACCCACAUCUACCAUCCUUAUGUGAAAGGACGAUUUCCAUUAGGUAUAAAUCAAUUGAUAUAGAUGACAACUUGACUAUAUAAAAGGACUUGACUAUAUAAAAGAGGUGGCCGCAAGUGCAACCACCCCUAACUAAAUACUUGAA